CCCGUGCCUCCCCCAGGCGGCUCUAGCAGGAAUUCCGGGGUAUGAGGGUGGCAUGUCUGGCAUGUGAAAGACGUUGCUUCCUCCAGUUUUAAGACUGUCAGCUGCCAUUCAUUGUCCUCUUCUCGACCUGCACCCUCUCUCUUGUACCACGACCACAAAGCCUAUUUCGCUCCCCCCCGCUCCCCCAACAAGCAGCCAACAUGUCACAACGCUUCUCUACGGCCGAUGUGGCCUCCCACAACAAGACUGACAGCCUCUGGGUUAUCGUCGAUGAGGACGUAUACGAUCUGACAAAGUUUCAAGAUGAGCACCCUGGCGGCAAGAAGAUCCUUCAGCGUGUUGCCGGAAAAGACGCCUCCAAGCAGUUCUGGAAGUACCACAACGAGAGCAUCCUCAAGAAAUACCAGAAGCAGCUGCAGGUUGGCUCUCUGGACUCGAAGGCCGCACCUCCAACACCACCAGCUACACCACCUGCGGAGAAGAAACAGGAUGUCGUGAAGCCAUCCGCCGAAUCCGGCGCGGUCGCCCCGGUGCCCACAGCCGCCGCGGAGGAAGAGGCGGAGGCAUUGGAUCCCUUUGGCGACCUAGUGCCCUAUGCCGACCCCUCGUGGUACCAAUCGUAUCACUCGCCCUACUUCAACCAGUCCCACGCCGACCUCCGCGCCGAAGUCCGCCAAUGGGUCGAGGACGACAUAAUGCCCAACGUGACGGAGUGGGAAGAAGGCCGCAAAGUGCCUGACAGUAUUUACAAGGCGAUGGGUGAGAAGGGCUACCUGGCUGGUCUUAUGGGUGUACACUACCCAACAAACUUGACAGAGCAGCGCGUAAAAAGCGUCGCGCCGGAGAAGUGGGAUCUUUUCCACGAGAUGCUGCUCACGGACGAGAUCUCGCGCGCGGGCAGUGGUGGGCUCGUGUGGAACCUCAUUGGCGGCUUUGGUAUCGGCUGCCCACCGCUUGUCAAGUUCGGCAAGAAGGAAGUCGUCAAGCGCGUUGUGCCUGAGAUUCUCAAUGGCAACAAGCGCAUCUGUCUCGCGAUUACGGAGCCUGACGCGGGGAGCGAUGUCGCCAAUCUCACGUGCGAAGCCAAGCUAUCUGAAGAUGGAAAACAUUAUAUUGUCAAUGGUGAAAAGAAAUGGAUCACCAACGGUAUCUGGUGCGACUACUUUACCACUGCCGUCCGCACGGGUGGUGAGGGCAUGAACGGCGUCUCCGUUCUCCUCAUUGAGCGCAGCUUCGGCGGCGUCUCCACCCGUAAGAUGGACUGCCAGGGUGUAUGGAGUAGUGGCACUACAUACAUCACCUUCGAGGACGUGAAGGUCCCCGUUGAGAACCUCAUCGGCAAGGAGAACCAAGGUUUCAAAGUCAUAAUGACGAACUUCAACCACGAACGUAUCGGCAUAAUCAUCCAAUGUCUCCGCUUCUCUCGCGUCUGCUACGAAGAAUCCAUCAAGUAUGCGCACAAGCGCCGCACCUUCGGCAAGAAGCUCAUCGACCACCCCGUCAUCCGCCUCAAGCUCGCCCACAUGGCCCGCCAGAUCGAGGCUUCAUACAACUGGCUCGAAAACCUCAUCUACCAGUGCCAGAAGAUGGGCGAAAUGGAGGCUAUGCUGAAGCUCGGCGGCGCCAUUGCCUCGCUAAAGGCGCAGAGCACUACCACCUUCGAGUUCUGUGCACGAGAGGCUAGUCAGAUCUUCGGCGGGCUAAGUUACUCGCGCGGCGGACAAGGCGCGAAGGUUGAGCGGUUGUACCGAGAUGUCAGGGCGUAUGCCAUCCCAGGCGGUAGUGAGGAGAUUAUGCUGGAUUUGAGCAUUAGGCAAGCGUUGAGGGUGCAUAAGGCGCUCGGCAUGAAGCUGUAGGCGCGAUGAAGUGGAAUUCUAUAUAGUGGGCAUUGGCCUGGGGUUGCUGGUUUAGACUUCUGCAUAUGUGUUACUAGAAGUUGGCGGAGAAGUGAAUGACGUAUCACGUUAUUUCCAUUCCUCUGAUUGUUUGCAUCUGGAAUGCGGUCUGAUUUCCGCCCUCGAGUCUUCGAUAUCGCGUCUCGAAGUCUGAUGUAAAAUUGAAGAGUCUCGUACAAUGCUAAGCAGGUUUCAAAGCAGCUCUUGAAUGCCAUUGAAGUCGUAC